GCUGAUGAAAUCCCCCGCUGAAAUUGAGAAAUCUCUUCAACUGAAAUUUUCAAAAUGCUUGAUCGUAUCAAAAUUUUGUCGAGCAAACUAAUCAUUAGCCAACAUUUUCUCCGGCGAAGUUUUCGUACGAAGUCGACUCGCCGUUUCAACAAUGUCAAAGAUGAAGAUGAAGAAUAUAACAAAGUCCGAAGAAAAACUGAAAAUGAAGAAGCACAAAUUUAUUUGCUUAAGGGUAGAGGUCAACAUCUUCUCAUGAAUCCUCGAGUCCUUAAUUCCAUUGUCCAAAAGUCCAACAUACUUCCAACUGAUACCGUUCUAGAAAUUGGACCAGGCACCGGGAAUCUCACCCUGAAGCUGCUAGAAGUCGCCCAAAAAGUCAUAGCCAUCGAAAUUGACAAACGUAUGGUAGAGAUUCUUCACAAGCGCGUCUCUGAACGAGGACUUCAAGACCGUUUAACUGUUAUAUGCCAAGAUGCUUUAAAGACUGAGUUUCCACAGUUUGAUCUUAUGGUUGCCAACAUCCCUUAUGGAAUUUCCUCGCCUCUGGUUGCUAAAUUAGUUUACGGAAAGAACUCAUACAGGAGUGGGACACUAUUGUUGCAGAAAGAAUUUGCUAGGAGGCUAUUGGCAAAUCCAGGGGAUUCAGAGUUUAAUAGAUUAGCUGUGAACGUGAAGCUGGUGGCUGACGUAGAGUUUGUCAUGAAUGUGAGCAAGAAGGACUUUUUGCCAUGUCCAAAGGUUGAUUCUUCUGUUGUGAUGAUAUAUCCUAAAACUGAAAUUCCAGAGGUGGACUAUGAAGAAUGGUGUGCGUUUACGAGAACUUGCUUCACCAAGAAAAAUAAAACAUUGGGUGCAAUCUUUAAGCAGAAAAGAAUGUUGGUGGAGUUAAUGAAGCUGCAAGAAACCAAAGGAGAUGAAGAGAAUAAUACAUUGUACAGUGAUUAUCAUGUUAAUGAUAUCGAAGAUGAAGACGGGCUGAGCAAUGAAGACAAUGUUAAUUUCUCUCCCGUUAUGGGGAAGGACCUAAAUUUGUUUAGAGAGAUAAUCAAUGACAUUUUAAGAUCCGGUGGAUUUGAAGAUAAGAGGCCUUCAAAGCUCUCCCACAAGGAGCUACUGGACUUGCUUUCUUUAUUCAAUCGAGCUAGGAUACGUUUUCAUGGUCAAGUAAAUCUCAAGGAUGAAAGUGAUGCCGAACUUGCUUCUACAUUUGGUCCAUUAUAGAGCCUUAAUGCACCUAUGCUUGUGUAAAUACAUGCACUCAUGCAGCAUGGUUUCUUACCUCAUUUUCAUAAAUGGAAAUUUAACCAACUUCAUUGAUCUAGCCAUAGGCGCAGAUUAUCAAUUUUUUGCAAGAAUUUUGCAGGACACGGCACUUCACCCUCAGAAGGUUCAUACUUUGAAGGUGAUUGAUUGGUCUGUGCCUCUUAGACAUAUCAUGACUACUGGAUUCUGGGCACAAACUUUAUGUUUCCUUCAAUUAAAUUCGAUUGGUGGAAUGCCAAAUGGAACCUCAUAAGGUGUUGUUGUUUAAUCUUAUUUAGCAGAUGGAUUGACUCCACUGGAGCCCAAUUUUGAGUUGUGCAUUAGGGAAAUGAGUUUUGGAGCCUUGAGACAGUUUAUUGGACUCGUUUCCAAAAUCCUUCUUUCAGGCCUAAGAGUAUUCAUUCGUUUGCUAGCACCUUGUUGGCCUCCUCUUC